UCCGCUCAAACAUUUGGAUUUUCAAAAGUUUGUCUUCAAAAUAUCAAACUUUCUGCCAAAUGAUGGCAGCUUUAUUUUCAUGUACUCGGUGUCAUAAAAGACACCCAUUUGAGGAAUUAUCUCAAAGCGAACAAUUGUGUAAAGAAUGUCGGAACAACUUCCCGGUCGUGAAGUGCACCUACUGCCGGGGCGAGUUCCAGCAAGAAGACAAAGGAAGUACCAACUCGGUCUGCAAGAAGUGCGCUCAGAACGUCAAGGUUUAUGGAAAACCGACGGCUUGUGAGUACUGCAACAUCAUCGCUGCCUUCAUCGGCAACAAGUGUCAGCGGUGUACCAACUCUGAGAAGAAGUACGGCCCACCGCAGACUUGUGAGCAGUGCAAGCAGAAAUGUGCGUUUGAUCGCUCGGAGGAGAGUCGUAAGAAAGUUGAUGGCAAGCUGUUGUGUUGGUUAUGUAGUCUGGCCUACCGUCGUGUCCUAGCUCGCACAAGCCGUAAAGACGACAGUCAGAAGACGGAGAAGUCAGGCCAGUCGAGUGUGAGCAGUGAUGAACAGAAGCAACACAAACCUAAACAUCACAACCAUCAACGUAACAGUAAGAGUGGUGAGAAACAUGGCCACAAGAGGGCGCAUUCUCGCACGGAGAACCACAGCGAUGAGGAGAGGACAGAGCAUGGCGAACACAAGAAACAUCAUCAUCACAAUCGGCACCACAGGAAGGAGGGCGAAGACGGCUGUAAGCGACCAAAGAUGGAAUCCAAAUCUACCUCAAACGGUUUUACACCAUCCAGAUCUGUUGAGCAGACGUUUGUGGACCCAAGCAGCACCGAUCACGUGAUUGCGAUCACGCAGCUCCGGGACGAGGUUGAGAAGCUGAAGAAGCAACUCAAAGAGAAAGACCAGGGACUCAUUGAGAAGGAGAAGAAGCUGACAGAGUUAAAAGCGAAGCAUUAUGAGCUUGAGAAGGAGAUGAGAGAUAAGAAACAGGCAAUAGAGAAGGAUUACAAAAGGCAGUUAGAUGAAUUACAGACCAAGAAUCGGGCAUUACAGAAACAAGUGGCAAGUUUGUCAAAGGGCAAAGACAAGAAACAAGCGAGCAGUCAGAGUCCAACCUGACCAUCUCAUUCUUCUGUCGGGUUCAAGAGAUUAUUGUAUUCAUGUUUUAACUCUUCUCAAUCAUGUAAAAACUUAGUUAUCAAUACGGCAAUACUAGUUCUAAAGUUGACUACUUCUAGAUUGUUUCGUUCCAUGUUGUUGGUGGAGAGAGUGCACACCAUCCUGACUCAAACUCCUACUCCUGGUUAAACGUGAAAGAUGAUCCUUCACUUCUUGGGACAAGUUGGAUGUUGACUGCGUGAAUAGUACCAACGUAGCAUUGGUUGAUCUGGAUUGGAGGUCCUACGUUUGGCUUGAACACAAUAACACUCAUUCCUGUGUAAAACCUUGAUAAUGUCCUCUGUACAAAGUGCCCCACAUUUCGUAUUUUGAUAUCCGUAGCCUUUUUGAUAAAUAUAUUGAUGGAAAAAGAAUUGUAUGGCCUCCUACUUAUUUUAGCUACACGAAAUAACAUUUUUCAUCAAAUUCACUGUAAUAUAGUCUUGUUUUCUAUUGUGCAGUAUUUGGUGUUCAACUUAGGUUUUUGGUGUAACAUAUCAUUCUUGACCAACAAGAACAUCACUUUUCAUGAUUUGAUGUUUUUUAGAAGUGAUGUCCAAAAUUAUGUUCUAAUCUCAGAUUCUACUUCUCAUGCCUUGAAAAGCACUUGCACAUUGCUUUCUGUACACACUCAUCCACAGGCAGCUUGCACUGGACAUGAUGUACAUAUCACUGCAUAGAGGAACCCCACACAGCAGUGUGAUCUACAUUAUGUACAGUAUAAGCUUCCCAUGUACUCACCCACCUGUAUUUACAUGUACUGUGUACAUGUUCAUUUUCUCACUGUGCAGCUUGAUGGAUCUGACAAAAACAGCACUGUCUUUGAAAUUUAUUAACCAGAAAAGUUAUAUUCGAAUUAUACAGGUCAAAAUCUCAGUGGAGGUGUUAGGUCUUUUUGUAAUGUUUUAUGAUUCCAAGUUCAUGUUGGAAUACAAUCAAUAUGAAGUAUGUGUUACCUCAUUUCAAUGCCUGUCUGAUCAAAUAGAGAAGGUUGGGAUUCGGAGUCUUUUAAAGUUAGCCAUACAUGUAUGUGUACUCUGUCUCUGCUAUAUAUAUGAUUGCAGUUUGUACAAAGGUUCAAAUAUUUGUAGAUCUCUGUUUCGUUAGAACAGGGUCAUACUGUGUGUUCUGUAGUAGAGUUAGAUUCAUGAAAUUAGUGAAAAAGGUAUAUAUCUGGUUUUCAAGAUAAUUCGGCAGUCUUUUCCAGGGCCAGGUGUUAAAACAACUCCAGACCCAGUUAUAAAUAACAUACCAUCGUUCGCAUUUUCACUGCCAGUUUUCUUUGAUUCUCCAGAUUGUACAGUUAAUUCCAACUCCGUUAGGGGCCGUGCAAGCAUUAUAUACAGGGGGGGGGGGGGGGCUGUUAAAGUGCUUGGAGUAAGUUCUGUAGUUUAUCUGUAUUAUAUUUAAUCUGAACGAUGGCUUGAUAUGUUCAAUUUUUACCAAGGACUGGAAAUAUUUUAAACUUUUGGUCCGCUCCUUUGCACUCAAAUGAAUGGAUAUUAGCAUUUUAAAUGUCAGGAUGACUUUUAACUCUGUAUAUAAAAAUUUCACUCAAAAAUUGAAAAUAAAGCAUAUUUUUAUGUAAAAAAAUAAAAAAAUAAAGAAAAAGUGUACAGUUUUGUAGUAAUUAGUGUGUUUAAGGUAAUCAUAUUCAAUUAUUUAUAGGAAUAAUUAUCAUAUACAUAAUGUAGUAAUUAAGGUCAUUGUGGAAAAUGUCGCACACCUGAGAUGUGGUGAUUUUACUUGUUAGUUUAGUACGACCUAACUACAUGUAUAAGACCACACUAGCCAAUAUUCCCACACGCAAUGGUAAGUGGUUAAUUUGUUUUAAAGUAAUACAUUGCCGACACGAUUCUCGUUCCUCAUUCGUUGUCAUGGUGAUUCAACUUAUUUUCAUUGAUAAAAGUAAUAUUUGGAAAUAAUUUGGAGUAAAGAAGAUUGCAUGAUGCUGAUGAAAAAAGAUUCAGUUUUGAUUAAUGAGUGUUUGAAAGUGAAACAGCAUUUUUCUUGGCCAAUUUGUUCAUAGUGUAAUAUACAGGUUCACCACCACAUGGUUCUGCUGGUUCUUCGUAAGAAAGUGGUGUGUUUUUAAUCUUCAGUGGCUCUCAGCUCUCCACCUGUAAAGCGUAAUAAAUGAUAAAUGUCUUCAUGA